UUUGAAAUUAUUGUUACAACUCCUAUGCCAACAUCAGGGGCUGAGCGAAAUUUCUCUACAUUGAAAAGAAUCAAGACCUUUCUUCGAAAUACUAUGACCCAGGAUCGCCUUACAGCGUUGUCGAUGCUGUCUAUUGAAAAGGAAUUUAUUUCGACCAUGGAAAAUUUCAACGGGAAGGUGAUCGACAAAUUUGCUGCCAAGAAGGAGCGCAGGAUCGAACUGACAUAUAAAAAAUAGGUAAGUUCAGAUUUGCAGAACACCUGUUUUAUUUUGCCACGAGCCGCCACUGCAUCUGUGGCUUUGAUGACUCAAGUAUCUCAACACAUCAGCAUGGUAGGGACGGGCAUAGAUAACCAGUUAAUUGAACACCUGAUUUUUUAAACUUAAUUAACUGUACUGUGAAAUAAUUUCAUUUGUUUGUUUACCAACAGCGAUAUGUA